GUAAUUAAUGAAUUCAUUGUGCAGGACACACAUACACUGCGCACACAUGCGCGCGCACACACACAGGUUACCUUUUCGGUAGACACAGUGAAGACUGUCGAAAUUAAAUCACACACAUCAAUACACACGCACACACACGCAGACGACCUGGGCUAACCAAUGCACUAAUCGCCUGCCCCGGGCAUAGGAGGAGCUUGGUGCUUAAGUAGGCUGCCAAUCAGUCACUCAGCUCCACAUCCAGAAGCUCCUGCGGCCAGACGUACGCAUCAACUCCGCACUCGAAAGUGCCAAACUGCUCCUGAGACACAACUCGGUGGAAGUGAAGGCUGACAGUUUCUUCUUUUUUUAAGUGGGGGUUAUCCUGUUUUUUGUUUUUUUUUUUAAACAGUCCCGCUUUUUCUCUUCUUUUUGGGGGAUUCCUUCUUUCUUUUCUUUUUUUUUUUCCUGCAUCAUCUUUCUUUUUUUUUCGCACUUGUGACUUUGGGAGAGAUUUACUGCACGCGUACUCCGGACAUGUCUUUCCCUCAGCUGGGGUAUCCCCAGUUCCUCAGUGCCUCCCAUGAGGUGUAUGGAGGCGAGCGGCCGGGCUCUGCCCGGGAAGGAACCACCGAGGGCGGCGUGAGCUCAUCAGCGACCGCCGCGGCUGUCGGCUCCAUGCUGGGGAUGUACGGAAGCCCAUGGGCAGCUCAUAACUACAGUGCCUUUCUGCCGUACAGCGGAGCCACAGACCUCGCCCUCAUUUCCCAGAUGGGCUCACAGUAUGAGCUGAAGGACAGCCCGGGGUCCCACCCAGCUUCUCUACCUGUUCACACCGCCCAAGGCUUCUACCCCUACGGCCAGUACCCGUACGGGGACCCGUCAAGGGCCAAAACGGCCACAAGGGAGACCACCAGCACCCUGAAGGCCUGGCUGCAGGAACACCAGAAGAACCCUUACCCCACCAAAGGAGAGAAGAUCAUGCUUGCUAUCAUUACGAGAAUGACACUCACACAGGUGUCGACGUGGUUCGCGAACGCCCGCAGACGCCUGAAGAAGGAGAACAAGGUCACCUGGGGCCGCAGCGCCGAGGACCGGGACGGCCGCAUCUUCAGCAGCGACAACGAGGACGAGCACGAGCACGGCAAGAACGGCAGCGACGACGAAGAUGAAGAGGAGGAGAUAGAUUUGGAAACCGUCGAUAUCGAGAGACCCGAGGAGGCGCGAAGGGAGCGUGGCUCCGCGAGGGGGGAGGCCGAGGCGGGCCUGUCCGCCGCCGAGCAGGCCUCAGAGUCGAAGAGCUCGGAGAGCAGCAGGACGCUUUCUGCGGAGGCCCUGAGAGGAGCAGAGGCGGGUGUUUCUCUCGGUAAAUCGCCCAGUGUCAAGCUUCCCGCGGAACAUUCGCCCGGCAGGCAGGAGUGCCAGAGACCAGCACAGAGCAAACCUAAAAUCUGGUCUCUGGCUGAGACCGCCACGGCGCCCGACAGCUCUAACAAAUUCCCCGCGGCCCAUGCGCACCACGCGGCUUUGGCCUCCACCGGACACCCUGCCUUACUCCCGGGUCACGGAAUAUACACGUGCCAGAUUGGCAAGCUGCACAACUGGGCCAACGCAGCUUUUCUGAAUGCCAACUCUCUUUUGAACAUGAGGUCGCUCCUGGCAGGGGCGCCGGCCGGACACCUGCCCGUCCACGGCGCAGUGCCGGCUGCGCGUCGUGACGCACGACCGGCAGCGGUCGGCACGGGAACGUCGGGUACAGAAGACGACAGCGAUGUAGAGUCAUCAGGAAGCUUCAGUCCAAAAAGAGAUGAUGAAGAGAGCGACCACAGGCCCGAUUCCCUGAAGUCCCCCUUUCAGAUGAUCACUGACAGACCUCACCACGGGACAGCAGCACAGCGAGUUCUGACAACAACAAUAUGAGAAGAGAAAGAAAAAGAGAGGAAUAAUUUUAUUUAAUGGAGAACAGUUUAACGAAGGAUAUUUUUUUGGACUGGGUGGCCUGUUGUAGUAUUACUGUUUAGCUUCCACAUGAAAAAGAGA